CUCAAGCUUUGUGCUCGUUUAUGGUAUCAGAGCUAAACACUCUAACGAGAAUCCUUUUCUUUCUCACCUUCCUUCUUCUUUUUCGUUCUUCUUUCUCAAAAAUGACCACUGAGUCGUCCUCUGUUUCCUCCACCUCUGCCUCUGGUGAUUCCUCUUCCUUGCCAACCACCACUCUGACUCUCCCUGCCAAUCCUCAGCUGUCAAUCAAACUCACCCCUACCAAUUAUCUCCACUAGCAUGCCCAGAUCACACCGCUUUUACGUUGUCACCGCCUUAUGGGACACGUCGACGACACUCUGCCAGCCCCGCCGCAGUUCGUCGAUGGCCAUCCCAAUCCGGCUUAUCUGACCUGGUAUGAACCUGAUCAAUACGUUCUUUCAUGGAUUAAUUUCACCCUUUCUGAGUCCGUGCUUCCCAAUGUCAUCAACAAGGUUACUGCCGCCGAUGCGUGGUCUGCCCUUGUUCGAAUUUAUGCAUCUGGCUCCAAGCUACAGAUUCGCCAUUUGACGAAGGAACUCCAAAAUAUUCGUCGUGGUGAUGCCGCGAUACAUGAUUAUCUUCAGGCAGCCAAGUCUAAGGCGGAUCAGCUCGCCGCCCUCGGUGCUCCGCUCAAGAAUGAUGAUUUCAUCGCCUGGUUGCUCGAUGGUCUUGGUGAGGACUAUCGCCCAUUUGUUCGUCACAUUGAAUCACGCAUGGAGCCGAUUAGUUUUGAAGAUCUGCACUCCCUGUUGCUGAGCGAAGAAAGUCAGAUUCGGCGGUACUCUGUUCGCCAUGAUUCUCCGGCGCCGACGACGUUUUAUUCCAGCGCCGCCAAUCCUCGAGGUCACAGAAGUGGCCGGGGUCGUGGUCGAGGGGCUCCACGGGGCCGAUUUAUCUCUAAUCCUUUAUUGUCUUCUGGCAGGUCCGACCCAAAUGCGGGAAUCCUUGGUUCGCGACCCAUCCCUACUCAGGUGGUGUGUCACAAUUGUGGGGGGCGCGGGCAUAUUAAGCCCAACUACCCGAGCCCACCCAUUCCACCCAUUUCCCAGCCUGCCAUUCACCCUGCCACCGGCCCACCUACUCCUUAUGGCCCAGUUGGCUCUACUUAUUCCAGUCCACAUACCAUGUUUGCCAAUUCUUCAGCCCAAAUGCUUCAUUCCCAGCAAUGGCUCAUGGAUUCUGGUACUAAUCACCAUUUAACUUCUGAUCUGGAUAAUCUUGCUAACCAUUCGGAAUAUAAUGGCAUUGAUCAUGUUAUGUUUGGCAACGGUAAAUCCCUCCCAAUUUCCCAUUAUGGUUCCUCUCCUGCUUCUUUAUCCCAUACUUCCAUUGCAUUAGAUAAUAUUCUUCACGUGCGCAAUGCUCCUUAUAAUCUUUUGUCCAUUAGUGCUCUUACACGUAAUGAUCCUAUUUCCAUCGAAUUCUUUGAUUCUCUCUUUGUUAUUAAGGACUGGCGCACGUCGAAUGAGAUUUAUCGUGGCUAUGCGGUGGAUGGCCCCUAUUCUCUUCCUCUAAAUAUUGUUCGUCAUCUACUGCCUUUUGCUUGCAUUGCGACAUUGGAUGUGUGGCAUCGUCGCCUUGGGCACGCGCAUGAUCGUGUCGUCAAGCAAGCUCUUCGUCAACAUCAUAUCACAUUUCUUCCCUCUCAAUUGUCAUUAUGUCAUGGUUGUGCUGCCAUUAGAACUUGUUUGCAGUGAUGUUGGGGCCCUGCUCCUGUUUUAUCCUAUGAUAAGCAAUCUUACUACAUUCUCUUCUAUGAUCACUACAACAAAUUUUCGUGGAUUUACUUUGUUCGAUAUAAAUCACAAUUGCUUAAUGUUUUCAUUCAAUUCCGUCAAUUGGGUGAAAAAUAUUUUGGCACUCCCAUUAAAACCUUUCAGUCGGAUUGGGGCGAUCAAUAUCAAGCUUUGUCUUCCUACUUAAGUACACAUGGCAUCGCCCAUCGUUCUUCUUGUCCCUACACACCAGAACAAAAUGGGUGUGCUGAACGCAAGCAUCGUCAUAUCGUCAACAAUGGUCUUGCUCUUUUACAUCAUUCUCAUGUUCCUCAAAAAUACUGGUCUCUUGCGUUUGAUACUGGGUGUUAUCUCAUAAACCGCACUCCCACUCCACUCCUCCAACAUCGUUCCCCCUUUCAUGCUUUAUUUCAUCGAUCUCCUGAUCUAGCCAAUCUUCGUGUUUUUGGUUGUCUGUGCUACCCAUGGCUUCGCCCUUACGCCACUUCCAAACUCGAACCUCGUUCUGUUCCUUGUGUUUUCUUGGGAUAUAGUAAACUUCAUAAAGGAUA